ACCUAGAAUUCAAAGACAACCUCAAUAAUCAAUAAAUGAAGAAAAUAAACUUAUUACUCUUUCUAUUAACAGGAAAAAAGAAGAAGGAAAUGGAUGGAAAAAGAAUCGAGGGCAAUGAAGUUUAUGCUUUAGUAAUUUGUGUAAGCAUUAUCCUCAUUUCUCCGAUUGUUGUGUCUCAACCAAUACCCACAGAUAAAUCCCAAGUAGACGCAUGGUUUAACGGCAUUAUCAAGCCAGUGAAGGAAAUGAGUAAAACCUUAGACCCUGAAUUGGUUCAGAUGGAGACAGAACCUAGAAUCAUAAAGGUGAUGCAAGGUGGGGGUGGAGAAUUCGAUACCAUAACCAAAGCCAUCGAGAGCGUUCCAUCAGGGAAUGCCAAACGUGUGAUUAUAUCCAUCGGGCCUGGAUCUUACAAAGAGAAAAUUAGAAUUGAAAGAAAUAAGCCUUUCAUUACAUUGGUUGGAGAUCCUAAAAACACGCCAAAUUUGACAUUUGACGGCAUCGCCAAGCAAUAUGGAACCGUAGAUAGUGCCACUCUUAUUACUGAGAGUAGUUACUUUGUGGGUGCUAAUCUCAAUAUAGUGAACACUGCUCCUAGGCAGACGGAAAAUGGUAGGAGCACAAGCGGUUGCUUUGAGAGUCUCCUGAUGAUGUGUCGGCUUUCUAUAACUGCAAGAUCAUCGGCUUCCAAGACACUUUGUGUGAUGACAAGGGCAACCAUUUCUUUAAGGAUUGCCAUAUUCGUGGCACUAUUGAUUUCAUUUUCGGAAGCGGGACAUCUUUAUAUCUGGUAUUAA